AUGAGGACAAGCGCGAUGCUACUUGCAGAGGCGCGCGAGGAGAACGAGAGAGUGAACAGAGCACUGGAAGAUCAGGAAAAGGAGUUGCAGAUAAGGCGGGAGCGUUUGCGAGAAAGAGCGGAAAAUGUGAAAAAAGACGAGGACAAACUCAGGCAGUACAAACUGGAUACGGCUAAGGAGCUGCAAGAAAAUGAGGCCAGACGGUUACGUGCCAUACAAAAAACAAAGGAAGAGGAAGCUAAAAUCAGAGAGAAAGAAGAGAACAUUAAGAAACUAAUGACACAGUAUGAAGCCCUGCUGGCUCAAAAAGAGCAACUGGACCAGCGCAAACUACUGGCCAAACUCCACCAGGAGAGCACUGCAAAGAUGUCUGGAAAGUUUGAGAACACCGGUCGACACCGUGACUGUCAUGGAGCGCAGUCCAUCAGAAAAGAAAUUCUAGAAAGACAAGCUAAUGAGAAAGAGGCAGAGCACAAAAAGCUGGAACUGAUGAAGGACAUAAAGGAACAGCAAACUCGUCUCCUGCACUACACCAAACAACUGCAGCAGCAACAGACAGAGCUAGACAACAUACACUCAGAAACACACAAAUGGGAACUGAAACGGGAGGAAUUGCGUUCCACUGCAGAAAGAGAGGAGCUCCAGUACGCUCAGAUAAAAGUCAGGAUUCGUUCAAUUUAUCAAAUAAUCGCACCUUACUGGAGAGAGACUGUGGAUAUUGAGGACCCCUUCAAGCAGCUGCAACUGAUCCGGAAACAUUUUCAGCUUGUGAGAGCUAUAGCUGAAGAUCGAAAUGUUAUGACAGCAACUGCAGGUGGAACUGAAGAAGACGACAGGCAGCAGAGAUUAAGAUCCAAGCUCUGA